CUUACAUCCAGCCCUGCCGCCUGCAGAACUCGCAGCAGAAGAACCUGGACUACACUGGAGUUAGAUUCACAGUCAGCGGCUACGGACGCACUGACGACCUGUGGAACGGUGGAGCCGCCUCCGAGAUCCUAUUGUGGGUGCACCUUCGCGGCAUCACCAACGAGGAGUGCCGCCGCUGGUACGGAGGCAGCCCCAUUGUUCAGGACCAGACCAUCUGUGCUGAGUACUACAAUAAUACCGCACAGUCUUCUUGCCAGGUAACCAUGUAGUCUAGUG